CAGCAGCAACAACUACAACAGCAACAACAACCACCACAAAAGCAACAACAGCAGCAGCAACAACAACAACCACAGACUCAACAGCAACAACAACAGCAGACACAACAACAACAAGCAUCAUUCCAAUCCUCAGACAAUAUACAGAACUGGCAACAGGACCAUAUAUAUAAAGUAAACCAAUUUAUGAACCAGACUGUGAUAAACACCAGUCAGAACACUUCCCAAAGUAGUCCAAGGACAGACCCUGAACAUUCCCCUGGAUACUUACAGCAAAUCAGUCCUAUUAGCCCAGCUCCGAUACCAAACCAAUCCACAAGUCCGUUGCAGUUGUCAGGACAACAGAGACGCUCUUGGUACAAGCCACCAAACUCUAAUACUGUCGCAAAAUCAAAUAAUGAUGAUGAAUCUAAACCUGUAAAGUGUAAUCUGUGUUCCAAGAGAUUCAAAAAUAUUCCUGCUUUGAAUGGACAUAUGAGACAGCAUGGUGGCUAUUUCAAAAAAGUUAAGGAUGCUAACAGUAACAGUAAGGAUCAGAAAAAAGUUGUGAUAAAGCACGAACCUGGUCAGCCAUCCACUAUAUCUUCAGAACUAUUGCAGCAGAAACAACAACAGCAGCAACAACAACAACAACAGCAGCAGCAACAACAACAACAGCAGCAGCAGCAGCAACAACAACAGCAGCAGCAGCAACAACAGCAGCAGCAACAACAACAACAACAGCAACAACAACAGCAGCUGCAGCAACAACAGUUACAGCAACAACAGCUGCAACAGCAGCAACAACAGCAGUUGCAACAGCAACAGCAGCAGCAACAGUUGCAGCAACAGCAGCUCCAGACUGCCACCAUUCAAGCUCUUGCACAAUCAUUUCAACAGUCUGCAGAACAAUCCAGGUCGACCUCAGAACAGGCAACAUCCUCCACUGCACCAGUUGUCAGUAUUUUCCAAGCACGUGUAGCACCACAAUUAUGUCAGACUGAUAACUUUGGCCAGUCCCAACAUCAGCUUCUACAGACACAGCUCUUCCCAGCAUUGGAACAAAUUCAUCAGUUGCAACAGCAACAACAGAACUUACAAACACUUCAGCUACAACAACAACAACAGCAGCAACAACAACAAUUCCAACAACAGCAGCAACAGCAGCAACAACAACAACAAGUUCAGAUUCAACUGACAACAACCCAAGAAGUUAAUAGCAAACUGCAAGCACAACAACACCAAACAUCUGAUUUCCAUAACGAAACCAUAAAACAACAUCUACAACAUAAAGAAUUUCAGCAGACAACCAGUUUGCAUCAAAGCCAGCAGGAUGUGGAGUUAAGCAAUGCAUCUAACUUGAGAACUGCUGCUACGGAGACACACCCUUCUAACGGAGAUGCUCUAGAAUCAAACGUUUCAACUGUGCUCUCGCAAGCAUCUCUGCCCUCUCGGCUUGCUAUGGUUGAGACAUUUUCUGCUCAGUCCCUCACAACUCAGCAGCCCAUUACGUCGUUCAUCAAAGAGAACAACAUCCAGUCCCAGCUGUCUUACUCCCAGCUCUAUCAGUUCUCCAACAACACUGCUGCAUCCAACUCGUUAUCGAUUGCCGAAGAGCACAUUGCUACCACGGAACUCAACUCUGGUGCAAAUUCAAUAUCGUUGAAUUUUGAAUCUAACUCUGCAGCUGAGCAACAAGGACAGCAAAAAAGUAGGCAUGAACAACAACAACAAACUUUAAUCCAACAGCAGCAACAAACUUUACAGCAACAACAACAGACUUUACAACAGCAACAGCAGCAACAACUUCAACUUACACAACAAACACAGACACAACAACAACAGCAGCAAUCAUCUCAACAACAAACACAGCAUUCUGGAUUCCAAUCCGUUCGUCAAGUUACAAUGUCUUCACUAAAAAAUGAAAACAACAACAUGGAAGAGCUUUCUAAGCAUAAUAUAAACAAGGACCCUUAUAUGUUUUCAAGUGGGAAUGCUUCACUCUUCUCAUUUCCCCCAGGUAAUACACUGCCCUUUGACAACACUCUGCCCGACGAUUUAAGCCAUCGUUCUGGCGCCGCUGGUCAAUUCCAGCCAAUUGGAUGCGAGGACGAAAAAGACAAAGACCGACUUCUCUCUGAACUCGAUGGAAGCACAGAAAUGAAAUCAUUGAGUUCUAUUCUGUUAUCUGAUUCUAGCUCCUCAUUGAUGGAUUUGGCAAGCCGAGCCUUAGAUUUGAAUCAAUUCAACAAAAACUGUGAUGAUCACAAACUUCAGCGCUCAAAAAGCGAGGACCAUACCUUCAUGAGGCCCCAGAAUCGCAGUGAAGACGUCCCUUACAGACCACGAAGUCGAAAUGAAGACCCUGUCACUAGUAGAUGGCGUAACCAACCUGAAGAACAGAUAAAAUCUGAAGGUGCUGGCAUUUUCCGAAAUCCAAAUCUUGGAACAAGUCCGGUGAGAACAAAACGGAAGCACCGACCUGCGCCACUCAUCAUACCGCCAUAUGUGAGCAAUAGUGGUUUUCAGAGUAGACUCAGGUCCCCACGGGUACGUGACGGAAAUGAAGUCCGCACUCUUUCUCCUCCUCCCUAUACACCUCCCCCCAUGCUUAGCCCAGUCCGAAGUGGACCUGGUCUGUUCUGCAAUAUUCAAACACCUUAUCGACCUGUUUCACCCAGGUUAAGCUCAAAUAUGAGUGCCCGCCUACCACCAAUCAUAAACCGACAAAUAAGUAUUGGAACCCCAUCUCAAGAAACGCCAGCCAGUGAUGAAACGACAGAAACAGAAGCACCUCCAGAAACCGAUAUAUUACCGCACGUGAAUAUUGGAUCAAAUUACCAAGCAGAAUUGCCACAUUUUACUAGUAAUCGAUUUGAUGUUUCAAUGUUGGAAUCAAAAGAGGACCUUCUGUGGCAUCCAAGAAUACUGGAUGAUAAAAAUGAAGAAGAUGUCCAGUGCUACCAAAAUCUUGCAAGUUCCUCUGCUGUUAAAGGAAAUGGAUCAAACGUUGAGUAUGCCAUGCACCUUCUGUUCAUAGCACAAGGAGAUAUUCAGAAUGCACUACUAAUGUUGAUGGGAGAUGUUCCUAAACUGCCAAAGAAUCAUCCUCUAAUGUCAUUUACAUAUCAAGAAAAUGACGACUGGACAACAGAAGAAAUUGAGGCUUACAAUGCAGCGUUGAUGAAAUGUGACAAAGACUUCUUCAACAUCGCAAAAGUGGUGAAGUCGAAGUCUGUGAAACAAUGCAUUCAGUUCUAUUAUUUGUGGAAGAAAGUUUGUCCGGAUGAAUAUAAAAGACUCCGAACAAUUCGUCGUAAAAAGGAAAGUGAAGCUAUUUACCGUCUAAGAAAUCAGCAGCGUGAGGAAUCCAAUACCGAAGUCCCAAAUUUUAAGAGCAAUCUAAAAGAACCAGUUGAAAGAAAAACUGAGAAUUUUGAAAUGGAGAGUAAAAACCAAAUAAACUCUUCAUUUCGUUGUGAUUACCCUGAUUGCAGUCUUAUUUUCAACUCUAGACAGGUUUUAAAUAACCACAUGAGAAUUCAUGGAAAAACUGUGAGUAGCAACUCUACAAGAGUAGAAUCAGUGAUGACAUCCACUACGUCAUCACAACAUACAACAGCAACAACCAAUUCUGCUCCAACACAAACUGUUCCGGUCAUUGAUUAUCCUUGUAAACUGUGUGGAAAGGUAUUUACUAAAAUCAAAAGCCGAUGUGCACACAUGAAAAGCCAUGCUGAAAUAGUAAGAAAAGUUGCCAAAUUACAAGCUGCUCCUGAAGAUUGAUUCUUUGAUUUACCAUUCCUUCAGCUGGAUAAGAAAAUUAUUAACAAACACAAGCACAAUUCUUGUUUGUGUGUGCAUGAGAGAGAGAAAGAGAGAGAGAUGUGUGUGUGUAUAAGAGUUUGUGUGAAUUUGUAUGUAUGCGAGAUGUCUUUCUGGACAUAUUUCUCCUAUGUAAAUAUUGAUGUAUAUUCAUGUUGCCAAGCAUGACCUAGUGUGCAUUUUUAUGUGUGUAUAUAUAGGUGUGUGUUUAUAUAUAUAUAUAAUAUGAUAUGUAUGUAUAUGUAUGCACACAUGCAUUCAUACAUGUGUGAGUAUGCAUGCAAUUCAUUAAUAUCCAUUAAUAUAUUUUAAGAAAGAAAAACGAAAAAAAUCAAAGAAGUAAAUAGACUGAAUUCAGUAUAAAUAUGCAAUAAUUGAUGUCCUUGUAUCAUAAAUAUUGAGGGGAAGGGGUGGGGUGAAAGAAGAAGAAGAAGAAGAAAAAAGAGAGAGACAAGGACUUUGUAAUUUUUUUUGUUUGUUUGUUGUUGGGUUUUUAUUGUUUAUUGUUUUUUUUUUCUUCUUUCUUUCUAUGUUUCUUUGCGAAACUUUUACUAAUUUACAUUUUACAGUAAAGAAAGAAGAAAGGAAGGAAGGAAAAGAAAUAUUAUAUAAGUUGAGAAAAUAUAAAAUUUGAGCAAAAAAUUUUAAUGUUAAAUUAUUUCUUUCUUUUUAUCAACAAGAAUGAUGUGUUUCUGCCAUAUUGUUUCUUGUUUUGUGGCUACAUUGUGUGUGUGUGUGUGUGUGCCAAAGAGAGAGAGAGAGAGAGAGAGAGAGAGAGAGAGAGAAAGAGAGUAUUGGGUGAUGGGUUGGGGGUGGAUAACAAAGAUAAGAACCCCCUUAAAACAGAGUCCCAAGUGAAUAACAAAUGACAAAUGUGGCAAUUCGAAACGUCUGUUUAGAAAAGAAUACCACGAGAAACACGGUAAAAAUAUAUAAAAAAAAAGAAAAAGAAAAAAAAAAAAGAGAAAAGAAAAAAAUCAA